AUGACCUCACAACUGCUUACAGAGACCAACCUCGCCGCCCUCAAUCGCGCAAACAACGGCCCCAUCAUGACACCUCCCAGCGUCCUCGUUCUCGGUGCCGGAGAGCUCGGCCUCGCCGUCUUGACCGCCCUGGCCGCUCACCCGAUGCGCCCGCGUGUCGCUACGCUCAGUGUCUUGCUCCGCCAGGCUACCCUGGACUCGGCGGCGCCGGCAAAGAAGCGCACCAUACAGCACAUCAGAACCCUCGGUGCGGGCUUCGACGCGGCCGAUGUAGUGGCCGCGUCGGUGGAGGAGCUGGCAGACAUCAUGGCACGCUACGACACGGUGGUUUCUUGCUGUGGGAUGGAGCUGCCGAAAGGGACACAAACGAAGCUGGCUGAGGCGGCGCUCAAAGCGGGCGUACGGCGAUACUUUCCCUGGCAGUUUGGCAUGGACUACGAUGUCAUCGGCAAGGGUAGUGCGCAGGACUUGUUCGAUGAGCAGCUCGAGGUGCGGAGAGUGUUGCGCGCGCAGAGUGCCACAGAGUGGACAAUUGUGUCGACAGGCCUUUUCAUGAGUUUCCUCUUCGAGCCAGCCUUUGGGGUCGUCGAGCUGGAUAGCAGGACUGUGCGGGCCCUCGGCCGCUGGGACAACGAGAUCACGUUGACGACGCCGGGCGACAUUGGGCGCGUCACGGCAGAGAUGGUGCUCGACCCGCGGGGCGAGGGUGUCAACGGCGUGGUGUACACGGCGGGAGACACCAUCUCGUACGCGCGGCUGGCGGACCUGCUGGAUGAGCGGUUUGGCGGCGAAAAGCUUACGAGAGAGCUCUGGGACGAGGAGACCCUGGCGAAGCAGCUCGAGGCGGAGCCCGACAGCGUCAUGGCCAAGUACAGGGGCACGUUUGCGCGAGGAAAGGGCGUGGCGUGGGGCGUGGAGGGGACGGUGAAUGCAAAGCGAGGGAUGAAGAUGGUGGAUGUGAGGGAAUACCUCAAGGAUGUGCAGUUGAGCGUGGCGGAGAAGGAGUCUUGA